GACUUUCUCUAUCUUUAAGAAAACAACACUAUUAUCACUUGAAUAUUCUUAUACUUAUAUAUAAACUAUAAAACCAUUAUAAUAUUUCUUACAAUUUAAUUAUAGGAAUAUGCAGAAAAACGGUUGGUACAUUGUAAAAUUUAUUAAUGAAAAUACCAUCGAAACAGUACCAAGUUGCUGGAUGGUGAACUUUGAUAAAUGUGUGUGGCCUGCCACAUUAUCAACCAGCAAAAUAACUUUAGCUAUCAAAAGUUGCUUAAAACCUACAAAAAGUUCCAAGGAUUGGAAGUAUUGUAAAGUAAAAGUGUUAAGUAAAAAGCUACUGACUAAUUUUAAUGAAGCUUCAAAAUUAACCAAUGAUUUUUUAACACAAUCUUCUACCGAGGCUGAAUCAUACCUACCAAAAAAAGUUUUAAAAAAACGUAAAAAAAUUAUUAAAAAAAGAGAGAAGAAUAGCAAUAUUGAAUAUUGUUCUGAGUCCAUUCAAAAUAGCAGCAGCAGCUGUAGCAAUAGUGAAAGUGAAACAGGCCUUCCACCAUUUCCAACAUUUUCAAUUUUAGAAAAUGACAAAGUACAAACAAAUGCUGCAGAAGAAGAUAUUUCAACUAAUGUGUGUAAAAAAAAAUCUGUUGAAAAUAUUUUUAGCCUUGAUGGAAAUUUAUCUCCAGAAGCUAAAAUAGGUGAUAAAAAUCAUAAUUCUAUGCUUGAGAAUUUACUGGCUGACGAUAAUUGGAUUAAUAAUGUUUCAAUAAUUGAUAAUAAUAGCUAUGAUAAUAAUGAAGAUAAUAACAUUCUA